AUGCCAUCGAAGCGUCUCGGUAGCACCGAUUGUCUCCUGGCUACUGAAAUCGUCUUUUCGGGAGCUAAGUGUGUGUGGGGCUGGGACUACCCAAUCCUAGCACCACCUCAAACAAUUCUGAGCGAGAGUCUUUCUUUUCUUUCUUUUUUUUUCUCUCAAAAAGUCCUGCGGCGACAGGCAACGGGCGACAAGGGCAAGAAUAGGAUGAUGCUGGCAGCCCUUAGUUCGAAGCCUGCAUAUUGCCCCUUUUUCUUUCCUUCUCACCUUGCCGUGUACUUUCCCCCUUUUCUUUCCUUCUCUCCUUGCCGUGUGAUCGCCCAUUUUUCUUUCCUUCUCAACUUGGCCCGUGAUUGUCUCUUUUUCUUUUCGUCUUUCCUUGGCUUGUGCUUGCCCCUUUUUCUUUUCUUCUCUCUUUGUCCUGUGAUUGCCUCUUUUUCUUUCCAUCUCACCUUAGUCUGUGAACGCCUCUUUGUAUUUCCUUCUCACCUUAACCUCCUGUGCGAACAAAAAAAUUCACUCUUCUCUUUUUAUCUUUUACUUCAUUUUUUUCUGCUUUAUUCACGUUUUUUUCUUAAAAGAAAUUUAUCUCAUCUUUUUUCUUUAAGUUCUUUUUAG